AUGUCACUCUACACCAUAUGGGGGUCACUUCAAAGCAACCAAAAUAGCAGCAAAGUGAAAAUUUGUGACAAGUGCCAGCGGAUUGGAAACAUCUCAAAGAGGAACAAGAUGCCUUUGAACAGCAUUUUGGAGGUUAAAAUAUUCGAUAUGUGGGGCAUUAACUUCAUGGGGCCAUUCCAUUCGUCCUAUGGUAAACAAUACAUAUUGUUAAUAGUAGAUUACAUGUUUAAAUGGGUUGAGGUAGUUACUUUUCCAACCAAUGACGAUCGAGUGGUGACUCAAUUUCUGAAGAAGAACAUUUUCAAGAGGUAUGGCAUCCCAAGGGCAAUUAUUAGUAAUGGUGGGAAGCACUUUUGUAACCGUCUAUUUGCAUCACUAUUGGCCAAAUAUAGAGUGAAACACCAUGUCCCGACUCCAUAUCAUCCUCAAACUAGCAGACAGGUGGAGAUCUCCAACGGGGAGUAA